GAAUUUCCGAUUAGGGCCAAGAACGACACAAGCUACGUUGGCGCGAAAUAUUAUCAAGCACAGAUAAUACGAACAAGGGUAACGUAUUAGUAGGUGAGCAGUGUAAGACAUUUGAGACUGGCCAUGGAAGGGGAGAAGAGUGAAAAUGUUGCACAGGAAGAAACUAAGAAAGAAGAAGCUUUUACUCAUUUGGCUCAAGGAAAAAGACAUUUAUUGGUUAAGGAUUACGACGAGGCAGUGACAUCCUUUACUACGGCCUGUGAACUUUUGUCACAGUUGUAUGGUGAACUUGCAAAUGAAUGCGGAGAGGCUUAUUUUAAUUACGGUAUAGCAUUAUUAGAGCUUGCUAGAACUGAAAGUGGUGUUUUGGGAAUUGAAGGUGAGGGUGAAGAGAGCCCGGAGAGUGAAGAAGAAGAAGAGGAGGACGCAGAUAAAAAGGAAUGCACGGCAGAGAGUGAGCCGAACAAUGUAGAAAAUGGAAGAGAUAGUGGAAACGAGUCACAUGAAAAGAAAAUGAAGAGUUCAGCAGAAGCCGAGUCUACUCUUGCAGAUAGCACAAACAGUACAAAAGGCAGUGAAGUUGAAAAUAAUAAACCAGGCGAUGAUAGUGAAGAUGAAGGUGAUAUAAGUAAUUUGCGUUUGGCUUGGGAAAUGUUCGAAUUGGCAAAAGCCAUAUUUAAAAGACAAGCUGAAGGUAAUAAGCAGAUGAAUUUAAAACUAGCAGAAGUUCAUCUAAAAUUAGGCGAGGUUGGUUUAGAAUCUGAGACCUAUACACAGGCAAUAGAAGAUAUAAAAACUUGCUUAGAUAUCCAAACACAAAACUUAGAUGAGCAUGACAGAUGCAUAGCAGAAACACACUAUCAACUUGGCAUGGCAUAUUCAUUAGUUAAUGAUUUUGAUGAAGCCGUUGUUCAGUUGAAUCUAGCUCACCAGAUUUUAGAAAAAAGAGUUGAAUAUCUCCAAGGAAGGGGAAAACAGGGGUUUUCAAAUGUAGAACAAAAUGAAAAUCCAUUUUAUAAAAUUGAAGAUGAAAUUGCGGAAAUAAAUGCACUACUACCAGAUGUGAGAGAGAAGAUCAAUGAUAUGAAAGAUUUCAAGAAAGAAACAAAGAAAGCCCUGAUGGCUGGGCUUGAUGCUAACAAAGAGGCUAAAGCAAGCUCUGAAAGUAGGCAAGGGACAAGUGCAGGGUCUUUUGGAGCAUUUCCAGUCUCAUCACAGCCAGAAUCUGAUGUUAAACCAGCAUCUGACAUAUCGCACCUGGUGCGCAAGAAACGUAAGCUGGACCCAGAUUCUUCUGAGGAAAAUUGUACAAAACAGCCAUGUCCUGAGGUGUCUAAGCUGGAAUGAAGCAAUGAUCAUAACAAUGCACAUUGUCAAACCAUAUUGUUAACUUUGUAUUCUGCAUAAUCUGCACCUCAGUGAAUGAUCAUCAAAAUAAAAUUCUGUUACAAACUGCAUUGAAUCCACUGCUAACAGAAACUUGCAUAUGGAUGAUGGAUGGCGUCAAGUGUAGUAAAAGUGAAAAUGAGUUUGUUCUGUCUUGUAAUUUAUAUAUGAUAUAAAAGUAUUAGGAUAGUUAAACAAACUUUGUUUUUGAGACAAAUUUAUAUCACUUUUCAUACGAAGUAUUGAAUACAUUAAUUUACAAUGGAUUUGUUAACUCCAUAUCAAUACAACCACAUUUAUAAUAUAAAGUGACAAAUAAAUUUGUGUGUGUAAUACAGUUAGGCAGUGAACCAAAAUGUUAGUAUAACAAUUUUCUUUUUUAAUAUUACAACAGUGUGGUUUUGAAGCAUGAAAGAAUGUUGCCAACAAAUGUGAAUUAUUUGUCCAUUUGCUACCAGAAAGCACAUGGGCCAAGGUCAAAAUUAUGUAAUUGUGAUACAGUAAUGACCAGAUUCUACAGAUUAGUUUUAAUGUUGGUUUCAUUAGCGUUAAUUAUUACUGCUGUGAUAUAUGAAUUAUUUUUUGUGAGUUUUCACUAAUUUUUCUAAAAUAAAUGCAAGAGAUUAAUGAUGAUUAACUUUUCAUAGAGGUUUGUGAUUAUUAUCAUUUGUUUUUGUACUCUUUUGUACUGUCUUUACUAUCAACUGAUACUUCAGACUUUGUGCAUCUGAAUGUAAGAAAUAUGUUUUGUGAAUAAAACUUUGGCAGUUUACUACUUGAAA